AACCAAACUAUUGACAAACGAGACGGGCUUUUUUCCAGUCCAACCGAACAUUUUUACCACUGAUAUUACAUUCUCGCUCACGCAUCAGAACUCAAUUAGGGUUUCAAACUCUACGAUUCGCUUUGAGAAUUGAAUACGAAGAGAAAUGGCAGAUGAAGCAAACAGAAAUGCGUUUCUCGAACUUCAAGGUCGCAUGAUUGAGAUUACUGCAAACUUGAAGCAGGUUCAGACCCAGAUGCGAAACAAAGAAGGAGAAAAGAAACGUGCUUAUUUAACCUUGGAGGAACUGCGGCAAUUGUCUGAUGAUACAAAUACAUACAAAUCUAUAGGGAGAACGUUUGUUUUAGAGCCCAAGUCAGUUUUAGUGGAUGAACAGGAACAAAAGUUGAAGGAUAGUGAAACUGCAAUUGCCUCCUUGCAGACCUCAAGGGAGUACUUGGAGAAGCAGCUGGUUGAAGUGGAGAACAACCUCAGGGAGCUGUUGCAACAAGAUCCCGGUCUUGCUCGUCAGAUUAUGUCUAUGACUGUAAUGUAAAACUUGCGCAGCUGUGCUUCCUCAAAGCCAUCCUCUGCUAGCCAAAAAUAAUCAGGAAUUCGGGCUAGAUGGCGCUUGUAUGCUUCUGAAUUUGGAUCUUCCACCCAGCAGGCAAUUAGACAUAACACCUGUGAGACAAGUGAUUAGUUAACAUUUCAACAUUUCCUUGUGCAAACUUUACUUAGAAAUAUCAUGCAGUUUAAAUGCUAUAUAUAAACUUGCCUUUUCUA